AUACACUUGAGAUACAAUACUACCAGGAGAUAAGUUGAAACACCUUGCAAAUUUUAUAGUACGUCUAAUCAUAGUAUGCCAUUAAUGUUUUGACGUGUUAUUUUUUUAACCGAAUAAACAGCGAAUUAGUCGCGAAAAUUGGCUGAAAACAUAUAAAUACUUUAGGUAAAAUGAUGCAAGAUGAGCAUCUGGGUGGUCCUCCAAGACGAAAUGUUUUUAGUCAAGCAAUAGGAAGAAUAUCACAGUUAUAUCAAAGAUAUUUGGACCUUUGGACUCCUCACGUAGUGUCAAGAUGGACAGUGGCUUUUUUUCUAGUAUUUGUUUUUUCUUUACGUAUACUUUUAUCAGAGGGAUGGUACAUUGUUACAUAUGCACUAGCAAUUUAUCACCUAAAUUUAUUCAUAGCAUUCCUUACUCCUAAAAUUGAUCCUGGAAUGGAUUUUGAUGAUGGCGAAGGACCAGAAUUACCUACAAGAUCUAACGAAGAGUUUAGACCAUUUAUUAGAAGGUUACCUGAAUUUAAAUUCUGGUAUUCUGUGAUGAAAUCUACAAUUAUUGCUAUGAUAUGUACUAUGUUUGAUUGUUUCAAUGUACCAGUAUUUUGGCCCAUACUUGUCAUGUACUUCAUAACACUAUUUUGCAUUACUAUGAAACGUCAAAUAAAGCAUAUGAUCAAAUACAGAUAUUUGCCGUUCACUUAUGGAAAACCAAGUUACCAGAAUCACGAGGAUACUUCGAGACGGAAGUCCUGGCACUAGAAAAAUGAGAAUAAAAUCAUCUCCAGGAGGAAGAGAUAAUAAGAAGUGAGAGAUUAAAAUUUCUCGUGUCUGAAGUUGUGAAUACCGACGAACCAACAAAUUUUUUCUAAUUCGAGCAAUUUCGCUUUCAAAAACUCAAUAGCGUUUCCUCGAUUAUAAAUUUUGUCAAAGAGGAAGAAAAUUACCGCUUCUUGAUCGAAUAUAUGGAUUAAUUAAUAGAGGGUUACUCGAGGUUUGGUAAUGUAUAAACGAGUGCAAAAUCUGUGACAUAUAAUUUUUAAAUAAUAUUACAUUCGAAUACGUAUAAAUAUAUACGUAUAAAUUAACAUAGAUUUUAAUUUUUUCAUUGCGUAAUAAAUUUUAAGAAUAAAUUGUAUCGUGUUAUAAUAUUCUACGAUGGGUUUGACAAAGGAUAAAACUGUCCUGGAAUUUUUUAUUUAUAAUUCUAUAAUUAAGUUAUGUUCUAUCGAAAAUACGCAAGUGUUUGCAUACAUUUACACGUUAGGGUACAAAGAAACGUUCAAAUAGACGAGAUACGAGAUAAAGGGAAUAAAGGGAAAGCAACGGUUACAGAGAGUCCACGGAAAGAAAUGCAUCCAUGUUUCAUCAAAAGGAAGAGUAACGCGCUACAGAUGAGACCCUUUUCGAGAUUUUAUACAGUGAGGCAAGCUAGUUCUUGUAACGAGAUAUAUCUUUCAGCUGCAUUACCUGUGAAGAAAGGAACGCGGCUCGAGUGUAAGAGAAUGCAUUAGCAACCUGACCCUCCGUUGGUCCCGUCAGUACCAGCACGUAAGUUACUCCAAGGAGAGGUAUCAACACGAGUAACGCUUUACUCGCCUUUCGAUACUGCUGGGUUUCUGCGUUCGUCGCUGACCAGAGCUUUGUUAUCAGCACCUGCAACGAAGAAUCGUUGUAACGACGAUUAGACAGAGGAAAGUUUAGAUGGAGAAUAAAAUAAAAUAAAAUAAAAUAAGUAGAAUUGUACUUCUGAAAGAUGGCGAUGAUUGAUAGAGAUAAAAUUUAAUGGGUAUCAUAUUUUGUAAAAUAAUGUGUUUAACUAUAAGUAACAUUCGCUUACGCUUUUACCAUAAAAUCUAAUUGUUUCACUGACAGGGCUUCGUUGCUGACGAUCGUGUUGUUGAUGUUACCUCAGAUGUUAAAAAAAGAGAAAAAAUCGGCCGUUUCAGUAUAUGUACUCACCCACAUUAUCAUGAAAAGAAACAUCACGUUGAUGCAUAACACCAAAAUAGCGGGGGCUUGGUAGAACCAGUCGUAAGCAUGUGACACCAUCCAGGGACAGUGCUUGCCCAAUGCAACUUCCUGUGAACAUUGUUGGCUACAGUGCUACUGGAAACUAAGCCAAUUCUCGGUUAACUUUAUUAGCAAAUGUCGCGUCGUUCAGUUUCUUUCCCUCAUGGUUUCUUUCAGCUCGUUGACUUUAUCUAUUUACUACGUAAGACGUCGGGAAAGUUUUGCUGUACACCGAGAGAAGCAGAUACAGAUGCAUGAGUCUCUUUCCUAGGAAUUAAACGCUCAAUUUUAAACCGCUGGGGAGCGAAUAACGACUCGGAGCAUUGGACAUUGCGUAACAUAAGUUACUUAAUUAUAGACAUGUUGGAUUGUUGGAAACUUCUCUUGGAACGUAAAAUAACUAAAAAAAAAAAAAAAAAAGAAGAAAGGUCUAUGUAAUAUUUUAUCUUCGA